AAUAAUUGUGCUGUCACCUGUCGGAAUGCGACACAAUCCGUCGCUUAUCAGAUGUUUGACCGAUAAAGAUUUCAAGGGGAAUCGGCACGAAAAAUGCAAUCGUGAGAGGGCCAAUCGCAUUUUCCGUGAAAAACCAUCAGAAUUCCCGAUCUUUAUUCCCGAUUUUUCAGCGCACUUGGAAAUCAGCUGAUGACGUAACACGCGACUCGCGCAAGAAGAAAAGUUAGUUGUGUACUCGUGUCGGUGUUGGUGGGCGCGAGACUUGCGCGAGACGAAGUAUGGCGUAGGAAUUUCUGGCCUCUUUCGUCCAAGUGUUUAAGUUCACUUUACUCGGUGAUUCGUUUGUCUGUCGUUUAUUAACGGUAAAUCUCUGGAGCAUUUGUGGCGAAACGUUUUCACCAACGACUGGUGUUCGCUGCAUUUUACGAGCGGGAGGUAGUCUCUUACAGGGUACGAAACGGACAUCGAAUAUUAUACACGAUGAGCGUCGAUGCAUACGGACCUAGCAGUCAAACCCUCACGUUUCUCGACACCGAGGAAGCGGAUCUGAUCGGUGCGGACACUCAAGGAAGUGAAUUUGACUUCACGGAUUUUACAUUACCUUCCCCGAGUCAAACUCAGGCUUCGCAACAUGAUACUGCUCAAAGUCAACCUAGCCAGCCCGUACAGGUUAAUGGUACAAGUGGCAAUUCAUCCCUGGACUUGAAAAUUUCUGGAGCAGCGCAAAGCCUUGCUGAAUUACAAUUCGAGGAAGAGGAAGAGGAGGCUUACUAUAAUCGUGACCUGCCAGAACAUGCAUGCAAAUAUUGUGGAAUUCAUGAAGCGUCUUGUGUUGUUAUGUGCAAUAUCUGUCGCAAGUGGUUUUGUAAUGGACGUGGAAACACGUCUGGUUCGCACAUUAUCAACCACCUUGUACGAGCUAAACACAAGGAAGUUACUUUACACAGAGAUGGUCCUUUGGGAGAAACCGUUUUGGAAUGUUACUCAUGCGCUGUCCGGAAUGUUUUUGUUCUUGGUUUCAUUCCUGCAAAAGCAGAUUCUGUUGUUGUACUGUUGUGCCGUCAACCAUGUGCGGCUCAAAGUUCCUUGAAGGACAUGAAUUGGGAUCAAGAACAGUGGAAACCAUUGAUCGAGGAUCGUAGUUUUUUGGCGUGGCUGGUAAAAAUCCCAUCUGAACAAGAACAGUUACGAGCUCGACAGAUAUCCGCGCAACAAAUUAAUAAACUGGAAGAGCUGUGGCGAGAUAAUGUUGAUGCGACCUUCCAAGACCUAGAAAAACCUGGAGUAGACGAAGAACCGCAACAAGUACUUCUGCGGUACGAAGAUGGAUACCAAUAUCAGAACAUAUUUGGCCCUCUCGUUAAGUUAGAAGCAGACUAUGACAAACGUUUAAAGGAAUCUCAAACUCAAGAAAAUAUCGAAGUUCGUUGGGACGUAGGAUUGAACAAAAAGACGAUUGCCUAUUUUAUGCUAGCAAAAACAGACGGUGACAUGAAAUUGAUGCACGGAGACGAACUGAGACUUCGCUAUUUGGGUGAGCUUCACAAACCCUGGUCAGGAAUUGGACACGUGAUAAAGAUUCCUGACAACUACGGAGAGGAGGUCGGGAUUGAGUUGAAAAACAAUUCCGGCGCCCCGACAGAGUGCGUCAGUAACUUUGUCGUUGAUUUUAUUUGGAAAAGCACAAGCUUUGACCGCAUGCAAUUAGCAUUGCGAAAAUUUGCUGUGGACGACACCUCCGUAUCCGGUUACAUAUAUCAUAGAUUGUUAGGUCACGAAGUGGAAGAAGUCCUAUUUCGAUGUCACCUUCCUAAGCAUUUCAGUGCUCCCAAUUUACCAGACUUGAAUCGUUCUCAAGUGUACGCCGUAAAACAUGCCGUACAAAGGCCUUUGUCUCUCAUUCAAGGACCACCUGGCACGGGUAAAACCGUGACCAGUGCCACUAUAGUUUACCAACUGGUAAAACAAAACGGUGGUCCCGUGUUGGUAUGCGCUCCUUCAAACACAGCCGUGGAUCAGCUCACAGAGAAGAUACACAAAUCCAAUCUGAAAGUUGUACGACUUUGCGCAAAAUCGAGAGAAGCGAUUGACUCGCCGGUCAGCUUCCUCGCUCUUCACAAUCAAAUUAAAAACAUGGAAACGAACACGGAGUUGCAGAAGCUGCAGCAACUGAAAGACGAGACCGGAGAGCUGUCCAGCGUCGAUGAGAAACGUUACAGACUGCUGAAGAAAGCAGCAGAGAAAGAACUGUUAGAAGCAGCCGAUGUAAUUUGUUGUACUUGCGUCGGAGCCGGUGAUCCAAGGUUGCACAGACUUAAAUUCCAUUCUAUUCUUAUCGACGAAAGUAUGCAAGCCACAGAGCCUGAAUGCAUGGUACCAGUCGUGCUUGGAGCGAAACAGUUAAUUUUGGUCGGUGAUCACUGUCAAUUGGGACCCGUUGUUAUGUGCAAGAAGGCAGCCAGGGCAGGUUUAUCGCAAUCUCUUUUCGAGAGACUGGUUGUACUCGGAAUCAGACCAUUCCGGUUGGAGGUACAAUACCGUAUGCACCCAGAUCUGUCACGCUUCCCAUCGAACUUCUUCUACGAGGGCUCCCUGCAAAACGGAGUCUGUGCCGACGAAAGAAAACUACUGAAGAUAGACUUCCCUUGGCCAGCUCCUGACAAACCCAUGUUUUUCUACGUCACUCAAGGACAAGAGGAGAUCGCUGGAAGUGGUACAUCGUACUUGAACCGUACCGAAGCGUCCAACGUCGAAAAAAUAGCAACGCGAUUCUUACGUUGCGGAGUAAAACCCGAACAGAUCGGAGUGAUAACUCCCUACGAAGGACAGAGAGCCUAUCUGGUUCAAUACAUGCAGUACCAAGGCUCGUUGCAUUCGAAGUUGUAUCAAGAGAUCGAGGUUGCCAGCGUCGAUGCGUUCCAAGGCAGAGAGAAGGACAUAAUAAUCAUGUCUUGCGUCCGGUCGAACGAGCAUCAAGGUAUUGGAUUCCUGAACGACCCCAGAAGAUUAAACGUUGCCUUAACCCGUGCGAAGUACGGAAUCAUAAUCGUAGGAAAUCCAAAGGUGCUAUCUAAGCAGCCACUUUGGAACCACUUGUUGAGUUUCUACAAAGAACAGAAGGUCCUCGUGGAGGGACCUUUGAACAACCUGAAGGAGUCCAUGAUUCAAUUCGCUAAGCCAAAGAAGUUGGUCAACGCAGCUAACCCGGGCUCUCACUUCAUGUCCACGUCCAUGUACGACGCUAGAGAAGCCCUCAUCCCAGGGUCCGUGUACGACCGUUCCGGCACCCAAGUAAACGGAACGCAGAACCACAAUCCUUAUUAUCAGAGGAACGUUCCUCUGGACAUAUUCAGCAGGACUCACGACACUAUUAGCUACAUCAGUCCAGAACGAGCUCAAGCAGCUAUGAAUAAUGUUCCAGUACCAGUAGGGAUGUUCAUGAACAUGGCACAUGUGCCUCCACGUUUCUACAACCAACACCAACAGGCGCUACAAGCUAGACAGAACCAACGCAAUCGUCGUGGAACCGCUUUGUCGAAGAACAAGCAAGGACCACGCAUGGGAAAAUUGAGUCAAACGGAACAGAACACCCAGCCAUAUAGCCAGCCAGGUUUACCUCUGACACAAGGCACUACACAAGGAAUGUCACAACCGGGCUUCAGUCUUUCUCAACCUGGAUUGAGUCAAGCAGAACUUUCACAGGAUUCAUUUGCCGUCGGAGAAUUCCAGUCGCAAAUGGACGGCCUAUUGUCACAAGAUUCAACUUAUCAAGGUGAUCGAAGUGGUUUUUAUCAAUCUGGACAGUCACAAGCCGGGGGACAGUUCUCCCAGCCAUACUGAGCCGAGAUCGUACGGUUGAGCAACGCAAUUGCUAUGCAGCGUCGCGGGAGCGACUGAAGGCUCGUUCGACCAAUUCUUCUUCGACCAACAACCACAAAUCACUAACUGCGCAAAACGGUAAAACGGCUCGGCGAUCGAGUACGGUAUAUGCACGCAGUCGUCGGCGUUAAAGAGGGUUUUAAAACAACAAAAAAUGAUAAAAACAAAGCUACUCCAAAAGGAAGUUCGUCGCCAUUACCGUCAACGCUAAAAUGUACUAGACGGAAAAGGAAAUGGUUCAUGUACCACUGGGCAUAAUAGUGUGCGAUAAAAGCCAACUAAAAAGGGAUAGGACUACGGAGACGACACACAAAUCGCUACCUAACCAACUCACCGUGACACGCGCUUACCGUGAACGGACCGUUUUAUCGCGGGGAUCGAGUGACGCUAGAAUUACACAAAAAAAUGUCAAAAUAUCAAAAACACAAAAAAAAGUAAUAAUAAAAUAAGGAAGAUACGGGACAUGUAACGCAUCACGAGUGUUUGUUACAACUGGAAUUUCUGAUGGUAACAAUUUACAAGCAAUAUCCAGGGAUACAUUUGGAGGAUCGUGUAAGAAGAUACAAGAAGAGGUCAAACAAUUGGCUAUGAUACGCGUUACGUGUCUUUCCAAUUUCCCUUAAAGGUGUGAGAUCAGACGUCGAAAAAAGAAAAGGGAAAAGACGAAUACAUGCCUAUAGAGAUUUCAUAGGAUCCUGGAGAAUGGUCUUCGGUGGCACGUACCUGAUUGAUUCCUACGCAGAGGCGACAAGGACAGUUAUCAGGGUUUCAAAUUCAGUUUUUAAUCUAAAGUUCAGUUUUUAAUUCAAACUUAUCAAAUUCUAUUUUUAUUUUAAAGCUUUGAUCAACUUUCAAUUGUUAAUUGAAACUUCUAAUCAGACUUAUAUUUGUAAGAGUAUUAUAAUGAGGAUUAAAAUUCAUUUGUAAUUAUACGAAAUUCAAUAAACUUUCAUUUUUUAUUAGAUACAAGUAAUUCGAUUUUUUGAGAAGUUUUUAUUAACUAUUGGAAAUUGAGAAAGCUCGUAAGGUUAAUUUUUUGUUCAGUUUGACAAGUUUGAAUGAAAAAUUUAACAUUUAAUUGCAAAUUCGAUUAAUAAUUAACAUUUCGAAACCCUGAUUAGAGUAACGACUAUCAAAUAACCAACGAAACGAGUUAAUCGAAAAUAUCACCGUUCGAAUUUGCCGCCAUCAGGUUGACGCUCAAAAGCGAUGAAUCCUUUCUCAUAGGCUUGACGUGAUGUUGACACGAUGCUAACUGAUAACGAAUCCUAUCAAUUCCGAUCAUGUUAAUUAAUUUGUUUUUUUUCUGGUUAGACUGGUAUAUAUAUGUAUAUAUUUUGUUCAUCGCAGGGGUCGACGAAGUCGCGCGAAUAGAAACAAGUUUCAUUCGAUAUUUGUAUUUAUACCUGUUUUUUUAGUAGGAAUUGUAAACGAAUUAAUCCAAGAAAAAUAGAAAUCUGCAGAAAUUA